AUGUGGAAGAAGAUUUUCAAAAAGGGGGUCAGUCGUAAAGGCAACGCCAAAAGUCUGAUCCACAGAGACAGUAAGGAGGGAAAUGAACAAGAUGGCCGUGUUGAAGAUUUGCAGAGUGCACUAAGCAGUGCUGCGCAGAAUGGACAACUUGACCUCAUCCAAGAACUGGUCGGUAGAGGAGCCGAGGUGAAUACAGUUGAUAAUGACGGUUUUACUGCAUUACAUUCAGCUGCUCUAAAUGGACAUCAAGAUGUUGUCAAAGUAUUGAUCAGUCAAGGAGCCGAGGUGAAUAGAGUUGAAGAUGAUGGUUGGAAUGCAUUACAUCUAGCUUCACAGAAUGGUCAUCUUGAUGUUAUCAAAGAAUUGAUCGGUCAAGGUGCUGAGGUGAAUAAAGUCGAAAAUGACGGUUUGACCCCAUUAUAUAUAGCUGCACAGAAAGGUCAUCGUGAGAUAACAAACUAUCUGAUCAGUCAAGGAGCCGAGGUCAAUAAGGGCAAAAGUGAUGGUUGGACUGCAUUACAUUCAGCUGCUCUAAAUGGACAUCAAGAUGUUGUCAAAGUAUUGAUCAGUCAAGGAGCCGAGGUGAAUAGAGUUGAAGAUGAUGGUUGGAAUGCAUUACAUCUAGCUUCACAGAAUGGUCAUCUUGACCUCAUCCAAGAACUGGUCGGUAGAGGAGCCGAGGUGAAUACAGUUGAUAAUGACGGUUUUACUGCAUUACAUCUAGCUGCACAGAAUGGUCAUCGUGAGAUAACAAACUAUCUGAUCAGUCAAGGAGCCGAGGUCAAUAAGGGCAAAAGUGAUGGUUGGACUGCAUUACAUUCAGCUGCUCUAAAUGGACAUCAAGAUGUUGUCAAAGUAUUGAUCAGUCAAGGAGCCGAGGUGAAUAGAGUUGAAGAUGAUGGUUGGAAUGCAUUACAUCUAGCUUCACAGAAUGGUCAUCUUGACCUCAUCCAAGAACUGGUCGGUAGAGCAGCCGAGGUGAAUACAGUUGGUAAUGACGGUUUUACUGCAUUACAUCUAGCUGCACAGAAUGGUCAUCGUGAGAUAACAAACUAUCUGAUCAGUCAAGGAGCCGAGGUCAAUAAGGGCAAAAGUGAUGGUUGGACUGCAUUACAUUCAGCUGCUCUAAAUGGACAUCAAGAUGUUGUCAAAGUAUUGAUCAGUCAAGGAGCCGAGGUGAAUAGAGUUGAAGAUGAUGGUUGGAAUGCAUUACAUCUAGCUUCACAGAAUGGUCAUCUUGAUGUUAUCAAAGAAUUGAUCGGUCAAGGUGCUGAGGUGAAUAAAGUCGAAAAUGAUGGUUGGAAUGCAUUACAUCUAGCUUCACAGAAUGGUCAUCUUGAUGUUAUCAAAGAAUUGAUCGGUCAAGGUGCUGAGGUGAAUAAAGUAGAAAAUGACGCUAUGAGUGUAUUAUAUCUAGCCUCAAAGAAUGGUCAUCUUGAUGUCGUCAAAUAUCUGACCAAACAAGGAGCUGAUGUUGAUAAGGCCAAUGGCCAAGGAUGGUCAGCCUUAUACCUUGCCGCAGCUGCUGGUCAUGUUCUUAUUUCAAGGGCUUUGCUUAGUCAGCAAGCGGAGCUGGCCAAAGCCAAUAUAGUUCAUUGGACGGAGUUUCAUACCGCUGCAGAGAGAGGCGAUCUUGAUUCCAUGAAAGAUCAAGUCAGUCAAGGAGCCGAGCUAGAUAAAGCUGGUUCUUUUGGUUGGAGAGCCUUACACAUUGCAGCAAGUAAUGGACACCUUGAUAUGACAAAAUAUUUGCUAAGUCAAGGAGCUGAUGUGAAUUCUAGCAAUGACUUUGGUAGGUGUGCCUUGCAUUGUGCCUCAAAGAAAGGCCAUUUGGAUGUCGUGGAAUAUCUGAUCAGUGAAGGGGCCGAUAUGAAUAAAGGAAAUGACUUUGGAAUGACUGCCCUAGUUAUUGCAUCAUCGUCUGGCCAUUUAGAUAUCGUCAAAUCCCUAAUCGAUCAUGGAGUUGAUGUAGGUAAUUGCGACGCACAUGGAGCCACUGCUCUUCAUUAUGCUGUAUAUUGUCGGCAGAUCGACAUUACGAAGUAUCUGCUCAGCCAAGGUUCUGAACUGAAUAAGAGAAGUGUGCGUGACUCUGUCAUGUUACAAUUUGAUGGACAGUAUGGUCACUAUGAUGUUGUGCGAUGUGUGCAGAGUCAUGUAAGUCAUGGAGUUAGCAGACUCGUUGAUUCUCUCACUGUCUUUAGAGGUGCUCCAGAAAGUGAUCUUGGUAGAAUCAAAUCUCAAGAUGGUGAUGAGGAUAAGACAGCUCAAGGUGGAAUGGUUACUGUGCAUUUGCCACUGAGAUUGUCUGAUCUUGACAUUCAAGAUCUUCUUGUAAGUCAAGGAGGCAGAACGGUUGGUCGCACAUCAUUGCAAUAUGCUACAGAAGGCGGCUGUCUUGCAAUUGUUCGGUAUCUGAUCAGUCGAGGAGCUGAUGUGAAUGAAAGCAACAAUGUUGGCUGGACUGCUCUGCACUUUGCUGCGCAAAUGGGUCAUCUUAAUAUUGUAGAUUAUCUACUUGUACAAGGAGCUGAAGUGGCCAGAGGAGAUGUUGAUGAUAUCUCGCCUUUGCAUGUUGCUGCAUUUGUUGGCCAUUGUAACGUUACCGAGCAUUUCCUUAGGCGAGGAACAGAGGUCAACGGAGCCACCAAGGAGAAAGGUUCUACAGCCCUACAUGUUGGAGUGCAGAAUGGUCAUCUCGAUAUCACAAAAGGCUUGCUCAACCACGGAGCCGAAAUUGAUGCGACAGACAAUGACGGUUGGACUCCCUUGCACAUUGCUGCUCAGAACGGUCACAUCGAUGUCAUGAGGUGUCUACUUCAGCAACUUGCAGAUGUUAGCAAGGUUACCAAGAAGGGAUCAUCUGCAUUGCAUUUGUCUGCAGCAAAUGGACAUACCGAUGUCACAAGAUAUCUUUUGGAGCACGGAGCUGAAGUAAAUCUGAGUAAACCUGCGUUGCAACUCGCUGCAGAACAAGACCAAGUGCAUGGGACAAGUCCGGAUACGUGGUGUGCUAAAGGGCAGAAACACAUUUCUUCCCAUAGUGGCCAUGCAGACACUGAGGGUUUAACAGAAGAUAAGAAGAAAAGGGUUGUUGAACAACAUGCUGAGAAAGGCUGCACACCAGUUCAUUUAGCCACGCAAAAUGGCUACACCUCCAUCAUCGAGGCAUUAGUUUCUCAUGGCGCCGAUCUCAACAUCCAGUCCAUAGACGGACAGACCUGUCUUCACGAAGCCAUCAGACUUUCUGGUCGAAAGGAAUUUAAAGUUGAAGCAACACCAGUACUCCAAAAGAUCUCAGAAGAGUUCUAUCAGAAUGAAUUGUCUCCCAGGAAGGCCCUGGUCUUCUAUCUCUUGGACCACGGAGCAAAGCCGAACAUCAAGGAUAACCAUGGCAACCUACCAGUCCACUAUGCCAAGGAUGAAAUUAUCCGCCAGAUGAUAUUCUCAAGAUCUCCUAACAUGGAUAUCAUCAGAGCUUAUCGAGCUAAAGAGUCGACACCACCAGUGGUCAACGCUGUCUCUGCUGAGGUUGGAUGUGACGGUAAAGAGCUCGAACUGGAACAACAUGGCAUUUCAAUGGCUAUCCCACCUGGGGCUGUCGAACAGAACGAAUCUUGCAAGAUCACCCUUACCGUUGUGAGAAACCUCCCCGGUGUUGUCAUCCAAGAUGACACAUCAAUGGCAGCAUACGGGAUCAGAUGUGACCCUCCAAACAUGGUCUUCCACCAACCUGUUAAGAUCAUUAUACCACAUUCCACCUUGGUCACCCACCCUGAACAAGUGAUACCAGACAUCGUCUCACAUAUUUGGGAUCCAAGAAAGGGUUUACCGAGUAUUUCGAGGACAAAAUCAUCUGCUGCAGCUGACAAAUGGCCGUACUGCAAAGUCCUUAAGAGACAUCUUGAGUUGUACAUCGACCACCCUGCCGAGUGGUGGGUUCUUAUCCCUCUUGAGCAACAAAUCAUCCAGCUUCAAUUCAUGUGUACCCCAUACGUACCGGACAAGAUUGAACGAGGCAAAGAGUUUGAUGUUCAUCUCCACCUGAAUGCAGAUAUCCCGGGGAUUGAAAUGGAGGUACAAAAGGAAGAGAAGAAGAGUUCAUACCACAGUGCACAUCGCUCCUUUCCGAUCUCUAUCGAAGCUAAAUCCGGUGACAUUUCAGUAACUUGUGAUGGUGCAGUUAAGAUGAGCAACAUUAAGGUACUUUCUUUGAAGGAUACUCACAGCCGAAAGAGACACAACUUAUUGUUAUCAAUGACUCCUGGCGAGGAUGAUGCAGAAUUCUCAGUCAUUUACGUGACGAUUUCACAGGCUGGAAGACUAGGCAGGAGGUCUCAAUCGUUGGCGUUCGUCAUCAGAUACACAGGUGUUGCCAAAUCAGAUUUGACUGUAUAUUUUUCCAGGGCUGUGGAAGAGCUCUCUGGCAGUGACCUUCCCGACAUUAAUGUUAUCACGAUAGCUCAGAUGAUGACGGUGAACCAAUUCUAUGAUUUGGGAGUGGCUCUUGGUUUCACCAUACAACAGUUGGAUGUCAUAGAAUACAGGAGGUUCCGUGACAGACAGCAGGCCAUGUAUGACAUGCUAGUGACAUGGAGAAAGAGACAGGCCUCCGGCCAAGAAGCGAAGAAGACUUUCAUCUCGCUCAUGAAAUCUUUGGUCUCGCCAGCCGAAGAGACAGAGAUUUCAGGUUAG